AGUGUUCAGGGCUCUUCCUCUCCAGCGUGAGGACAAGGGUCCUCCUUAGCAGGGGUGUGAGUAAAGACCUGGAGGGAGACUGGGGUCCCAGGCCCUCAGCCACCCCCAGGGAUCCGCUCCAGAUUGUGCAACGCAAGCCCUCCCGGCCUCCGCUGGGGCUUCCUCAUCUGGCAGGAGCCCAGAGGCUCUGCAGCGCGCCACCCCCGCUGAGAGCGGCUUCUUCAAGAAACAGAUCCUGCAGCAUAAUCUGCCAGGGCCCUGGCAACAGGAACCGGUCCUUCCGGCAGCGAGCCCAGGGAGCAGAAUCCUGGCGCCCCCCGCGCGCGGCCCUCACCGUGCUCACGCCGCUGCGCCCCACCCAGCGGUGCCUGCCUUUUGGUCCCCCGCCCUUCUCUCCGUUUCGUCCUCAGCCCCAGCAGCCUCCGGGCUGGCUGCAGAGGCCGAGGGGCCAAGGGCACCGGAGAGCAAGGGAUUCCGCGGCACCACGUGUCCGAGCCGGGCUAAGGCGGGCGGAGCGGGCCGGGCCCGGCUCCCCGGGCCUGAGCGCAAACCAGCAGCGACGCGGGGUCCAGUCCGCACCGGCACCCGGCCCAGCCGGGGCCCGGUCUUCCGGGCGCACGUAGGUGCCUCCUCCUGGACAGCGCGAUGGGGCCCUUCUGGGCGAGAAAGGGUGCCUCCUCCUGGACGGCGGCAGCGGCGGCGCCAGGAACCGGCGGGCAGCGGCGCGAUGGGGCCCCUCCGCGAGAGCAAGAAGGAGCACAGAGUGCAGCAUCAUGACAAGGAGAUUUCUCGAAGCCGAAUUCCCCGGUUGAUUCUUCGGCCCCAUAUGCCCCAACAACAGCACAAAGUGUCCCCAGCCUCUGAGUCUCCUUUCUCUGAGGAAGAGAGCAGAGAGUUCAACCCCAGCAGCUCUGGGCGCUCAGCGAGGACCGUUAGCAGCAACAGCUUCUGCUCAGAUGACACAGGCUGUCCUAGCAGCCAGUCAGUGUCUCCUGUGAAGACACCCUCAGAUGCUGGAAACAGCCCCAUUGGCUUUUGCCCUGGAAGUGAUGAAGACUUCACCAGAAAGAAAUGCACAAUUGGAAUGGCUGGUGAAGGAAGCAUUCAGUCCUCUCGAUAUAAGAAGGAAUCAAAGUCAGGCCUUGUGAAACCAGGUAGUGAAGCUGAUUUUAGCUCCUCGAGCAGCACAGGCAGCAUUUCCGCUCCUGAGGUCCAUAUGUCGACUGCGGGAAGCAAGCGGUCUUCUUCUUCACGCAAUCGAGGUCCUCAUGGGCGGAAUAAUGGAGCUUCGUCACACAAGCCUGGCAGCAGCCCAUCAUCCCCGCGGGAAAAGGACCUUCUGUCCAUGCUGUGCAGGAAUCAGCUGAGCCCUGUCAAUAUCCAUCCCAGUUAUGCACCUUCUUCCCCAAGCAGUAGCAACUCAGGCUCCUACAAAGGAAGCGACUGUAGCCCCAUCAUGAGGCGUUCUGGAAGGUACAUGUCUUGCGGUGAAAAUCAUGGUGUCAGACCCCCAAACCCAGAGCAGUAUUUGACUCCACUGCAGCAGAAAGAGGUGACAGUGAGACACCUCAAAACCAAGCUGAAGGAAUCUGAGCGCCGACUCCAUGAAAGGGAAAGUGAAAUCGUGGAGCUUAAGUCCCAGCUGGCCCGCAUGCGAGAGGACUGGAUUGAAGAGGAGUGUCACCGGGUAGAGGCCCAGUUGGCACUCAAAGAAGCCAGGAAAGAGAUUAAACAGCUCAAACAGGUCAUCGAAACCAUGCGGAGCAGCUUGGCUGAUAAAGAUAAAGGCAUUCAGAAAUACUUUGUGGACAUAAACAUCCAAAACAAGAAGCUGGAGUCUCUCCUUCAGAGCAUGGAGAUGGCACACAGUGGCUCUCUGAGGGAUGAACUGUGCCUAGACUUUCCAUGUGAUUCCCCAGAGAAGAGCUUAACCCUCAACCCCCCUCUUGACACAAUGGCAGAUGGGUUAUCUCUGGAAGAGCAGGUCACCGGGGAAGGGGCUGACAGGGAGCUACUGGUAGGAGAUAGCAUAGCCGACGGCACAGAUUUGUUUGAUGAGAUGGUGACAGCCACCACCACAGAAUCUGGUGACCUGGAGCUUGUGCAUUCCACCCCUGGGGCUAACGUCCUGGAGCUGCUGCCCAUGGUCAUGGGUCAGGAGGAGGGCAGUGUGGUGGUGGAGCGAGCCGUUCAGACCGACGUGGUGCCCUACAGCCCAGCCAUCUCGGAGCUCAUUCAGAAUGUGCUGCAGAAGCUCCAGGACCCCUGUCCCUCGAGCUUGGCGUCCCCUGAUGAGUCUGAACCAGACUCGAUGGAGAGCUUCCCAGAGUCCCUCUCUGCCUUAGUGGUUGAUUUAACUCCAAGAAAUCCAAACUCAGCCAUCCUUUUGUCUCCCGUGGAGACCCCGUACGCCAAUGUGGAUGCAGAAGUUCAUGCAAACCGCCUCAUGAGAGAGCUGGAUUUUGCAGCCUGCGUGGAAGAGAGGUUGGAUAGUGUCAUCCCACUGGCUCGCGGGGGCGUCGUGAGGCAGUACUGGAGCAGCAGCUUCCUGGUGGAUCUCCUGGCUGUGGCUGCCCCCGUGGUCCCCACGGUUCUGUGGGCAUUCAGUACUCAGAGAGGAGGAACAGAUCCUGUCUAUAACAUCGGGGCCUUGCUCAGGGGCUGUUGCGUGGUUGCCCUGCAUUCGCUCCGCCGCACCGCCUUCCAUAUCAAAACUAAAUAGAAGUUGUUGUUACCGUGUGCCAAUGUGUCCCAUGUGGGUUGUGCCAGGUAGAGAAACAGGAGGUCAAUCUGUGACGGUCUCUAUUCUGUCGUUUUGCUCCUUGAUAUUUGAUUUGCACUAUAUUUAGUUGAAGCCUGUUCACUGUUUAAAACCGGAGGUAUCUUCAAAGGCAUGGAGACCUGGUUCCAGUAAAUGUCCCACCAGUGGGGUAUAGAAAGCAUGCUCAUGACCCUGCCGUGUCGUCUGAGGUACCCGUUCUUAUCCUAGUGGUUCAGGAAGAGAAAAUGCAGUUUGCACUUUCAAGACAGCUUCUCUAAGGCUGGCAUGUUAUCUCCUUGCUUUGCUUUGUGCCGUUUUAAAAUGUGUAAUUGUUCCAGCAUUCCAAUGGUCUUGUGCAUAGCAGGGGACUGUAACCAAAAAUAAACAUGUAUUUGUGUAAUUGGUUUGAAGAAGUCUUGAAUAGCUCUUUAGUGUCUUACUUGGGGUUGAUAAGAUUUGAGUGUUUGCAAUUUUUUACUAAAUGUAGCUCCAAAGUCUUAAAUGGCUUGUUUGUUCUUAAACUGUUAAUUGAUGAAACUGUGCAUAAGUUUACAAUGUACUAACUUAUUUUGCUUAUUAUAUAUAGUGUUUUAUUGGAAAUUGUAACCACACACUUCAGCAUGAUGAAAAUAAAGAUUAGUGUUUCCAUUUAAAUAAAUGUUUUAUCCUCCUAUAAAAUAA